UAAGUCACUUUCCAUCGCGUUGCUCCGCCUUCCCGCAAUUAUGCUCCGAUAUGUGGCGUGUGCACGCAUCAAUACAUGCAUCGUUAUCAGGUGGAACACGAUAUGCCAUCAAAAUGCUGCCAAUCAUCAAACAUCCUCUCUCCGAUAACGCUUUGACCAGUUGACGGCGUCGGCUACGUGGAAACCUACCUUCAGCCGAUGAACUUCAACCACGGCAAAAGAAGAGGAAGAAAACGCAUUGCGUUGGAGGUGGUAGAAGGCCCGGCCAACUACGACGAUCCGCGGUCCGUUACGAUGUUUCCCAUUCAUUCCGCUUCAUUCGUACGGUGGUGCUGACAAGGUGUUGGCUGCGUGUAGCUAUUUUUUGCGCCCAAAUUCCCCUCUCAACUUUAUCGCAGCAAUCUCGAUCGUAUUUUGUGUCUUUUGCUGUUGUUUGGGCGAGAAUCAACUGCUUCAAAAAAAUGUCUUGGUAUUAUACGCCUGUUCCGACGGUCGUUCCGGCGGAGGAUUUUGACGCUUCCGCGGACGCGAAUGCGCUGCGGGGCGCGAUGAAGGGCUUCGGGACGGACGAGCAGGCCAUCAUCGACAUUCUUUGCGCUCGCAGCAACGCCCAGCGCCAGCAAAUCAUGGAGCAGUACAGCAGCGAGCUGGGACGGGAUUUAAUUGACGAUUUGAAGUCGGAGCUCGGCGGCAAGUUCGAGGACGUCAUCGUUGGGCUGAUGAUGCCACCGGAGAAGUAUCUGUGCAAGCAGUUGAACAAAGCGAUGAAGGGCAUGGGCACGGACGAGGACACGCUGAUCGAGGUGCUGGCCCCGCAGACGAACGAGGAGGUGAAGAAGAUCGUCGACUGCUACGAGGAGAUGUACGGCCGGCCGCUGGCCGAGCAUCUGUGCAGCGAGACGGACGGUAGCUUCCGCCGGCUGCUGACCAUGAUCAUUGUCGGUGCCCGUGACGCGCAGGGCACGGUCGAUGCGGACCUGGCCGUCGAGCAGGCCAAGCAGCUGUACGAUGCGGGCGAGGGCAAGCUCGGCACGGACGAGGAAGUGUUCUACAAGAUACUGGCGCACGCCUCAUUCGACCAGCUCGAGAUUGUGUUCGAGGAGUACAAGAAGCUGUCCGGUCAAACGAUCGAGCAGGCGAUGAAGAGCGAGCUGAGCGGUGAGCUGUACGAGGCGCUCAGCGCGAUCGUGGAGUGUGUCCAGAUGGCACCGCACUUCUUUGCCAAGCGGCUGCACAAAGCGAUGGACGGGGCGGGCACGGAUGAUGAGAAGCUGAUCCGGAUCAUUGUGUCGCGGUCGGAGAUCGAUCUGCAGAACGUGAAGGAUGAGUUCGAGCAGAUGUACAACAAGACGCUGCUGAGCGCCGUGCGGAACGAAUGUUCCGGCGACUACAAGCGUGCUCUCUGCGCACUGAUCGGCGGUGCCUAAACAUCUGUAACACGAAAGGCAAAUGUUUUUGAAUCUCAUAUAUACAUCACAAAACAUAAUUUUGAAACGAGCCAACGAUAUUUAUGUACCGCACUACUACGCGUACGUUUGCGAGCAAAACGGAAAGCUGGGAAGGGCUUUCGCUAUUUACUAUGGUAGAAGUUCCAGGAACUUCCUUGAGCAUGGUGGCCUUUUGCGUGAGCGAUUAGCCUGGCGCAUUCUUCAAUGUUGCAGCCUUACUACGUUCGGUUUGCCUUACGCUAAUUCAGUAUGCUAAAUAACAGACAGUAUUUUAAUGCACGAACACGAUUGGGAAAUAAAGCAUUUAAUGUGACUACUGUAAA